AUGCGAUUUUUUCUUAUUAUAACAACUGCUUUAGCCUUCUCUUUUUCUGCUAAUGCCAAACAUCACAUAAAACGAGCUAGUAAAGUUCAAAGCUGCACUGCUGGUUUAAAGGAUGCAAACGAACAGUUCCUUAUUCUGAAAACAAUUGCUCGAAAUCAACAUGUUUCUUUUCAAGCUUAUCAUUUUAGCGAACCGCUGCUCGAAUCGUAUGUCCAAAGUGCUAUAUCCAAUUGCUGUGCCUCUUUGGCUCUGCCAGAUGAAGAGGUUGAUUCUGUAGUAAGCACUUUUGGCAUUACUACUACCAAAAUUGUAGAUCUAUAUGAUGUUUUCAUUUCAAAAGAGAGCCCAUCAUUUUCUGCUGCUUCUGCCGCUACUACGCUUAAGGAUACCAUCCGGUCAUUAUCCGGUGUCAUUAAAAACUUGGAUGAAUGUUUACUUUCUGUCACUCCAAGUUCUCGCCAGCCUGAAAUACAAACCUACAUUGAUACCAUUAAGAAUAAGAUAGAUACCACUUUUACAACGUACGGGAUGACAGCAUAA